GAGGAGAUGACCCGCAGCCCGCAGAGCACCACCGGCCACCAUCGACCGGCAUGUUCCCCGCGCCCGCCCACACCCACCUGACCUGGAUGCGGUCGGCGCGACCCCACACACUCUCCCACCUUCCCACCUCGGGCCUUGCCCUAAUGGCUAUAUAUAUAACCUCCGUCGAUCUCCCAUUCGACACCAGACAAAUCAGGAAACAAAGUGGCAGACAUAGACAAGCAGAGCAGCUCGCGGAUCGAUCCAUGGAGUUCGACAAGCGCACGGGGACGCCUUCUCCCCUUCUCCCCCGGAGCGCCUCCACCGUCACCUACUGCUGCGGGCGGUGCGGGUACGACCUGAAGCUGAGCUCGUCGGCGCGGGACACGGCGGGCAUCGUGGGGGCCGGCGCGGGCGGGGCGAGGCGGCGGGGCUGGCGGAGCGCGGCGGUGGUGGUGUUCGACGCCAUCGACGACGCGCGCUUCGGCCACCUCGACGAGUUCCGCUGCCUCGACCUGCGCGCGCGCCGCCUCUUCGCGCGCCGCACGCGCCUGCUCUGCCGCAAGUGCGGCGCCCACGUCGGCUUCGGCUACGACGACAACACCACCGCCACCAGGCCGCCGCGGUACCACAUCAAGAUCCGCGCCCUCCACCCCGCCUCCUCCGACGACGCCUUCUCCGGCGCCGCCACGCCGCCGCCGCCGUCCCACGCGCCGGCGGAUCCGCGAUCUUGAUCUCCAUUGCCUGACAUGCCCGUGCGCACAUUCCGUCCCUUUUUUUGUGUUUCCAUUUUCUUUCUUCCUUUCUCUGUCGACGCAAACGGGAAUUGCCGUUCGCGCUCGCUAGUGUACAAACUGAUUUGAUUGAUUGGAAAUUGGAAUCAAAUCUCUUUCUGAUA